GACACACCCUCUUUAGACAAAAGGAAAGCUUGUCUUCAAACUUCGCUCAGUCCGUUAAGGGAUUUUUUUCUUGGUUGACGGUUCAGGCUCACGGGGCUGAGAAACCAUGUCAGAAGAAAGCUCCAGAGGGGCCCCUGGACCAGAUAAAGUGGAUCCUGAGGAAUCGGUCCCACCAAGGGGGAAAUGGGAAAAUAACAUGGAAUUUGUUUUCUCCAUGGCCGGAGAAAUCAUUGGUCUUGGAAAUGUUUGGCGAUUCCCUUAUCUGUGCUACAAGAAUGGAGGAGGUGUCUUCUUCAUCCCUUACUUUGUGUUCCUGUUUUUCUGUGGCAUUCCUGUGUUCUUCCUGGAGACAGCACUGGGCCAGUACACCAGUGAGGGCGGGGUGACCGCUUGGAAGAAGAUAUGUCCAAUGUUUCAGGGGGUCGGCUUUGCGUCCCAAGUGAUUGUGAUCUAUCUGAACGUCUACUACAUCGUGGUGUUGGCCUGGGCUCUCUUCUACCUGUUCAGUUCCUUCACAACAACCCUACCCUGGGCAACAUGUGACAAUUACUGGAACACUGAUUCAUGCCAUGCUGGCACAAGAAUGACUUCUGACCCCGGUUUGUCUAAAGCUGACUCCAACUGGACAUUCCUAAAUAAUGUCACAUUAGACUACGAUGACUAUUUUUUCUUGAAUGGCGCAAGUAUGUUAACCAGGUCACCGGAAGAAGAGUACUGGCUUUUCCGUGUGUUAGGAAUGUCAGAUACCACUAAUACAGUACGAUGGGAACUGGCUGGGUGUCUCCUGCUUGCUUGGAUUAUUUGUUAUUUCUGCAUCUGGAAGGGAAUCAAAGUCACAGGAAAGGUGGUGUACUUCACUGCCAGCUUCCCCUACCUGAUACUGUUCAUCCUCUUCAUCCGUGGAGUGACACUCCCAGGUGCUGGGGAGGGACUGAGAUAUUACCUCACCCCUGACUUCAGAAAGCUCGCUGAUCCCAAUGUAUGGGGUGAAGCAGGGACUCAGGUGUUCUUCUCCUACGCUGUGUGUCAGGGAGUGUUGACCGCUCUGGGAAGCUACAAUAAAUACAACAACAACUGCUACAGGGAUUGCUUUGCACUAUGCUGUCUGAACAGUGCCACAAGUAUCUUUGCUGGUUUCGCUGUGUUCUCCGUGCUGGGAUUCAUGGCUUAUGAACUGGAGGUGUCGAUAGAUCAUGUUGUUUCUGGUGGUCCUGGUCUGGUCUUUGUAACCUAUCCUAAGGCUCUGUCAAUGCUGCCUGUCUCAUCCCUCUGGGCUGUGCUCUUCUUCAUCAUGCUCCUCUUCCUGGGCCUGGACACACAGUUUGUGUGUGUGGAGAGUCUGGCUACAGCCAUCACAGACAUGUUCCCACGGCAGCUGAGGAAGCCGGGCAGGAGAGAGCUACUGGUCCUGGCCAUCGCUGUUGUCUGUUUUCUGCUGGGCCUGCUGUUUAUCACUAGUAAAGGGAUAGUCCUCUUUCAGGUGGUCGAUACUUAUGGCCCCAGUGGAAUCAGUCUCCUUAUCAUUGCCCUUGUUGAGACCAUUGUCAUUGGCUGGGUGUAUGGAGCUGACCGUUUCAUGCACAACAUCGAGGACAUGAUCGGGUUCCCACCUGUCCCUGUGCUCAAGUACUGUUGGUUGUUCAUCACGCCGCUCAUCUGUGGACUCACACUGAUAUAUACCCUGCUACAAUCAAAUGCCAUUUACGUGUAUGGUUUUGAACCCGGCCACUGGGCCAAAGCACUGGGCGCUCUACUUAUCUUCAUACCACUGAUGUGUAUUCCAGUAUUCCUUUUGAUCACACUUUAUAAGAAUCCCAAAAACAUGACCACACCAUCCAGUGAUCUACGCCAGGCUCAACCACAUAAGCCCAUUCUUCAGUUGUGUAGACGCGUCAUCUUCGAGGCCCAGAGCCCGCCAAACAGGAGAGUGGAGGAAGGAAACGACAAGAUGGCGAUGGUUUGAUGGUCAUUGAUGACAAAUUUCAUAAAGUUUUAUAAACGUUUUUUUAUUUUUUUAUAAUGCAUAUAAACGUAAAUAUCAUAUGCAUAUACAAUUAGGGUUGGGUAUUGUUUGAAUUUUAUUCAUUUUUAGUUCUUUUUGAUUCCCAGUUUUCAUUCAAAUAUGGUAAAAAAAAAAAAGUUGCAUUGCCUGUUUACCUAGCUCAACACUGACUCUGCUCUCCCCAUCUGCAUGCCCCACACCCUGGGCCACAAAACUUCACUCUUCCCGAUGGUCCAAAAUGGUUGUGGUGUAGUGUUCACAGCUCACAGCUAACAAACUGAGCUAACAUUAGCUAACAACAGCUACAGAGACGCCCAGAGUUGAUGCACAGCAGCUGGAUGAUAUCAGAGGGAAAGCAGAAAACAUUUUCUCCAUAAAAUGUGAUCCAGUUUCACCAAAACAUGCUAAGAAGUAUUUCUUGUGAGUGAUUGUAUCUGGAGCACAAAGUCACCUAAUUACACAUCAAUGAAGCACCAAAAAGUCUUAAAAUCUAUUAUUUUAUG